AUGAAGGAACCGGAUAUUGUAACAAUACCUUCGAAGGCCCACGACUUGAAACCCGAAAAUACCCUUCAACAAAAAGGUGGAGCAAGAAUUUAUCGUAAGAAGCUGGAAACAUUUACUAACAUUUCUGGACGCGAAGAUCCAGAGGCAGCCUGCUGUAUGACUGACUUGUCAGAAAUUUUUGCGGAGUUGGGCAUCUCUCAUUACCUCCGCAACUUCCUCGAUCAAGGGUUUGAUACCUGGGACACGAUACUUGAUAUAACGGAAUCGGAUUUCGAUGCUCUUGGUGUGAAACUCGGUCAUCGUCGGAAACUUCAGAGAAAGAUUGCCAAUUCGCGGGGUCUGUCGUCAGAUAGAGCUCUUGCAUCUCCUACUAGCACAACGCCAGGCGAAUUUCAUGGAGAUGAACCGAAAGUAGGGGGGGCCAGAGACGCUAAGGAGGGAGGUGGUGGGCCACAUGGAGCGAAGAGAAAGUACAGAAGGCAUCCUAAAACAGACGAGAAUGCACCAGAGCGACCUCCAUCCGCAUAUGUUAUAUUCUCAAAUAAAAUGCGCGAAGAUCUUAAAGGGCGUAAUUUAUCGUUCACGGAAAUAGCCAAAUUGGUAGGCGAGAAUUGGCAAAAUUUAUCGCCAGGCGAGAAGGAGCCAUAUGAGCACUCGGCAUAUACGGCCAAAGAGCGUUAUAACAAUGAGUUGGCAGAAUACAAGAAGACGCAAAGUUUCAAAGACUAUUCACAAUACCUCACCGGUUUCAAACAAAAACAAAACCAGCAAUUGGCGACUGAGAUGGAUGUUGCGAAAAGACCUAAACUCGAAGCACAUUUGAGCACUGCGAGCAGUGGUAGCAGUCAGAGCGGCGCAGAAUUAUCUUUGAGUCGCAUGCGUGUAGAUUCCUCUGCAUCAUCGACUUCUCAGUGGCAUGGAUCAACCUCACCCUCAUCUAUUAUUAGGACGCCCAUGUCGACUUUACCAGCCCUGACAAAUGUUUCGAACGUUCCAGGACUCCAAGGAAGGCUAGGUCCAGGGUCACCAAUUGAUACGCCAAAGGUCCUUCCCGGUUAUCGUGAGUCUAUGCUGGGGCCUGGAGCGCAGUACUUUCGAGAAGAUCAUCGAGACGAAGGUGGGAUCGUACAACAAAUGUCCCGCGCAACCAGUAGCGAAGGGCGCGUCAGUCAAUCGAGUCUCGCCAUUGCCUCCACUCAAGACCACUUGAAUCUAAACGAUUCAACACAACAUCGCCGCACUACCCAAAGUAACUUCAAUCCGCCACCGUCACUGACUCCAGAAUCGAUGAUACAGUCCAACGGCUCUGCGACCAGUAAUUCCUCCAUGUACUUUGCACCUCGGACACCUUUAGAACCAGAUUUAAAUCGAGCUCUUCCCAUCCCGCCUUUAUAUUGUCAGAAGUCCGCAAGCUACGACGGCCAAUUACCAUUCUUAUCGGGUCCUUCAUCCUCAUCGCCUCAAAACUCUCUACCUGGUACUCAACAAUCAUCGAAUGUCAAUUCAAUCAAUGAUUUCUCCACAACAAUGCCGCCUAUGCGAAGAUAUAGUGAAGCGCCCCAGAGUAUUUCGACCACUAUUGGCACUGUCAUGGGCAGGUCCGACAUAGAGAGAUUCGAGAUACGCUCAACAGAUGCGUCGCAUCCCCAACCGAUGAACAAUUAUAUUUCGAUGGCGGAAGAAUUCGAUCUUGAUCCCAUCAACGCAUUGUUGAGAGCAGGAGAAAUUGUGAGUCGUACCAGCCGUGAGGGGCGAUCUUGA